CCUCCUCUGGGUGUGUGCGCUAACACUGACCACACACACAAACACACACACGCACACACACACACAUACACACGCACACAUACACACACACACACACACACACAGAGAGAGAGAGAGAGAGCUCAGAGCUCACAGCAGCGCAGCGGGACUGUCUCUGUCAUCUGUCACCUGCUCCACACCGGGCUGGCUCUGCUCUCCGCCGGUGGAUGGACCGAGGAUGGGAAACAAGUGCAGUUAGUUUGUGAACAUCGCAGAGGUCCAGAAAGCGCCUUAGCAGGUUGAUCCUGUAGUCAUCUUUAGCAGCACCAAGGGAACCGGGACAAAGUGGAGAUGCAGACGUUUCUCAGAGGCCGAAGAGUCGGCUACUGGCUCAGCGAGAAGAAACUCAAGAAACUCAAUUUUCAAGCUUUUGCGGAUCUAUGCAGGAAAAGAGGAAUCGAAGUUGUGCAGCUGGACUUGAGUCAGCCUCUGGAGGAGCAGGGCCCUCUGGACGUCAUCAUCCACAAACUGACAGACCUGAUCCUGGAGGCCGACCAGAACGAUUCCCAGGCCAUGCUGCUGGUGCAGCGAGUACAGGAUUACAUUGACGCACACCCCAAGACCAUUGUCCUUGACCCACUGCCUGCCAUCCGGACCCUGCUGGACCGCUGCAAGUCCUACCAGCUCGUACAUCGGAUAGAGAGCAGCAUGCAAGAUGACAGGAUCUGCUCUCCUCCGUUCAUGGUCCUGAACAGUGAGUGCAGCGCAGACGUGCUGGAGCAGAUCCGGAAGCAGGGACUCACAUUCCCAUUCAUUUGUAAGACUCGAGUGGCUCAUGGAACCAACUCCCAUGAGAUGGCCAUAAUCUUCAGUGAGGAGGACCUGAAGGAUGUGAAGCCCCCCUGUGUCAUUCAGAGCUUCAUUAACCACAACGCGGUGCUGUACAAAGUCUUUGUGGUCGGAGACUCGCACACAGUGGUGGAGAGACCCUCCCUGAAGAACUUCCCCUCUGGACCUGCUGACAGAAAAGCCAUUUUCUUCAACAGCCACAAUGUUUCAAAACCAGAGUCGUCCUCAGACCUGACCUCUAGGGACAAUGUGGAGGGAGUGUCACAGCCCCCUAACAAUGAGGUGAUCCGGGAGCUGUGCCGCUCUCUGCGCCAGGCGCUGGGCGUGUCUCUGUUUGGAAUUGACGUCAUCAUCAACAACCAGACAGGACAGCACGCAGUCAUCGACAUCAACGCCUUCCCAGGUUAUGAGGGCGUACCAGAGUUUUUUAAUGACCUGCUUAACCACAUAAGCAGUGUGCUCCAGAGCCAGAGUGCUGACGCGGCGGCUGUGCCCGUCAGCAGCAGCCCCCCGGCUCAAGGCUGCUGUGGUUUGAUGGGCAAAGAGGCCAGCGGCCCCUGGAUCGUGGAGGGGGACAGUGGGCUGAAGGGCUCUCUACAGAGACUGGGCUGUAACACAGCCAUGUCCCCCAACUUCCAACAACACUGUGUGUCCACUAUCGCCACUAAGGCCUCCUCCCAAUGACUGCUCCUGAACAAACCUGGUAACAACCAUAACCUGUAAUAAUCAUAAUAAUUAUGAUGAUCCUAUAUCUAAUCCCAACCUUUCCUAUAGUUGUUGAAAAGACAAUGAUUUGGUGUAAGAUUUUCUCUGCCUUUUGUAUGUUUGAUUUGUUGAAUGAGAUUUAAAGUACUGUAAUGUGAACCUUGGAACAUUUGCCUAAUAAUUUCACUUUUCUGAUGUGGGAGUUUGGCAAAGACAGAUGCUCAGGUAGCAGACGUAACGGCCACUGUUGGACUGACGUGUGCUGAGCUGUCGAUACCACUGAACCCACACAGAGCCUCAUGGGCAUUUUGGCAAGGGGCAUGUGAACACCCAUAACCUGCAGAGCUGUUAGUGUGCCAUAGGACUGUCCAUGCAGACUCCCCAGUUAUGUGACCAAGUCCUUUUGUGACACAGUAUUCUCUGCUGUGUCAGAGGCCUGUAGGUUCAUGCACAGGUGGUAGGUGCUCAAACAACAAUACACUAUUAGUUUUAAGCAGCCAAUUAAGGAUAACAUUCCAUUUGUGUUUGCUGAUGCUUCCAGAGAAUUCCAUGAUUUCUUUCUAGAAUUCCAAAACAUGAACCCAAGGACUUAAAUGCUCACAUUUUGGUUCUAUGAUGGAGCAAAGAAUUCCAGAAUAACAUCAAUUAUGCCACUUGGCAGGGUGAUAUGUUUAAAUACCCAAAUGUACUGGGUAACUGUUGUGCUUAAUGGACAAGAUGAAAGGUUAAAAGUGGUUGUAUAUAGGGCAGGGCAGUCUGUUCUACUUCCAGGUGAUUCCAUGUCUUCUGUUUGUAGCUGCUGUAGUGGUGUCCUGAGGCGUCACAUGGAAUUAAUGAUUUGGAGCAGAAUGAGUGAGUUCUUCUGAGUGUUCACUGUGAGAUUUUUUACUCCUUUUAAUAUUUUGUCCUGACAUCUAAUAAGAUUAACUUUAUUUUAUUGAGAUUUUAUGGGGAAUUACUUUAUAUGUAUAAUGUAACUGUGUGAGAUUUUGAACAAAGUGGGUUUAUGGGUAUUGAAUGAUAAAAAAAGAGAUAAGUUGCACAAAAAUCAGUGGUGUUGAGGACAGAGGCUUGUGGUUGUCAUCUCUAAAAUCUAUGAAUUUGAAAGAGCACUGCCUGUAAACUACUACUGUGCCUGCUUCCAUACCUGCAUUUCCAUAUUUAACUAUAUCCUCCAUAAAGUUAAACUGUGUCUCAGUGUGAGGAGAAUUGUAAAUCGGUUUCAUUCACAUUUUAUAACCUGAUUUUAUAAGCUCACGUGGAGGGCUAGGGUAGGGCCAGUAUUUAUUUUAUUUUUUUUGAAAGAGCUCUCCUAAUAACAAAACAUUAAAGAAAAUAUUGGAAUUGGAAUAUUGGAAAUACCUGGAAGUUUUUAAUAGGAUUGAAGUCUACACACAAACUCAAACUUAAUUCAAUAAUGCAGUUUUUGCCUGCAAGUAAAAUCAAUUGUACUUUAGUGCAUUGUGUUAACUGACACUGGGCUUUGUUCUAGUUUUGUUUCAGAUGAAUAAGCUCAAUUGAAAGAUAGUGUAUUUAUCAUAAACCAGGUCUAAACAUCUGCAUUUUUUUUUACCACUUCUACCAUAGAAUGCAUAGCUGCCUGCCCCUCAACCUCAACUCUCUAAUGCAGUGUUGCUGGCAGGCACAGCUGAAGCUCAUAUUGAGGAGUAAGGUGUUUUUGCUCUUAGCUGUGGGAAGGCUGAGGCGUGUACGUGCACCACUCCACUGUCUCCUCCGUGUACUCUCUGUGCUUGUCAACAUGUGGCCCAGAAGUCUCCACCUGAAUGUUUACCUGUGUAUAUAUACGCCUAUGCUUACAUCCGUACAGUAUGCUGUUUUGUAUCAGUUCUGUAAUUGAACAGAAAUCAACAUUUUGGUGACAUUUUCUAAUUAAAUAACUAAAUCAAAAAGGCAAAAUAAACAAUGUGAAACCUU